AACUGCCGGAGCCCAGCUGCAGAUGCAAGGAAACACCGCGCAGAUACCAAAAUUAGACCUUGAGAAAGCAACAGUACAGCAACACAAGGAGGUGAGGUGGGUGAGUGCGCUCGCCUGGAAGCUGGAGGAGUGCUUAACCGUGUCGAGGGGGUGCACGGCGACGGCGGAGGCGCUGAUCGCUGCCGCACCGAAAGCCGCGUGGCCCGCGUGACGCUGUCCUCCAUCGGUUUGCCGCCUCCCACGGUCCCACCAUCUCGGCGGCCUGCAAGGCAGGAACUGGAACACACGCUCCCCGAGAAAUAGCGAAAAGCGGCGAGCGACGUUUAGGGGAAGACAAGAAGAGAGAAGCCGCGGGAGAAUUUGGGGCCCAUUGAGAAACCUGCCCACCUCGGGUAUUGGUGUUCGGCCCACAGAGUUCCGUGGCCAAGCGAAGAUCGGAUGGCUGGCACCUGGCACUGGCAGGCAGGCUGGGAGCCGGGGACGCGCCGGACCGCCGGUGCUAGUCGAACUCGGGUCGAAGUUUCCUUCCGAGGUUGGUCGCUGCCUCGACUCCAGCGUUGAGCCAACUCCGCCGCCCUGUCGUUUUCGCCUCUCCCUAGCAUUUACCGGAAGAAACGAGCGUGACCGCCGCCUUCUCCCGCUCCCGCUCCCGCUCUGCAUCUCUCCAUGGGCCAGAUCGAGAGCCAGGUCACUCCUCCAGCGGAGGAGCCUUCUCCACCCACCGUGGAGCCGUCGCCGUCGUCUCCUGCCCCGCCUCCGUCUUCCCUUGAGGCGAUUGCUGCAGAAGCCAUGUCAUUUGAUGAGGAUGACACUGAGGAGUCAAUCGAUGUGAAGGUACAGAAAGCUCUGGACUGUCCAUGUGUUGCUGAUUUGAAAAAUGGUCCUUGUGGAGGUCAAUUCGUCGAUGCAUUUUCCUGCUUUCUCAGGAGCAGAGAAGAAGAGAAGGGAUCAGAUUGCGUGAAACCCUUCAUCACAUUGCAGGACUGCAUCAAAGCAAAUCCAGAGGCAUUCUCUAAGGAGAUUCUGGAGGAAGAGGAAAAUGAUGAGGAGGCAGAUAAGUCCAACCUGAAAGUUAGAGCUCCAUCAUGGUCCAGAGAAUCCAAACCUAAGGUUUGAGAUUGCUUGGUAUUAACUGAUAGUGAUAUUCAUCCAGUGUGCAGACUCACCUUAUUCAACUAUAAGGGCUUGUUCGCUUUCCUCUCAAUCCAUGUGAUCUCAAUCCAUGUGGAUUGGGUGGGAUUGGAUGAGUUUAAAUCCUGAACAAGUCAAAAUCCUUCAUAUUUUUUCUAAUCUCAUCCAAUCCACAUGGGACAGGAAUAACCGAACAAGCCCUAAGUUUGCCAGUAGUAGACUGAUUUCAGAGAGCGAGGUAUCAUAAAUUGAUUAACAGAAAUACCCAUAUUUUGUGUAUAAGAAAUGCUUCAUGGUAUCCACAAUUUUAGAAUGUACAUGUCAUUUCAAGUA